AUGUCAUUGAGUACAGUAUUUUAUCCCUGGGCCACACAAUACUGGCAUUUGUGGUUAUGUGGCUAUAUCUAUGGGUUCAGUUGUGUUAUAUGGGACGGUACUAACAAUGUUGUCUUAAUUGAAAUGUGGAAACAUCGGAGUCCAUCUAUGUUAGUAAUUGGACAAUUACUAUGGAGUGUGGGCUCUAUAGUAGGACCAGUUAUGAUGAGAGGUUAUGUCAUUGGCAACGAUGUUUGUCCAGGUGUCACACAAAAACAGUGUGAAACAAACCACACGUAUGUUGAAACAAACUCCCGGUGCACUGAAUGGUGUCUCAAUUAUGAUCGACGACCGCAACUGAAAAUACCGUUUCUCAUUGGAGGCUCAUUUGAGUUAUUAGGGCCCACAUGUUAUUUCAUUAUGUUUUUUAUUUACCGCUAUCGCUAUGUAAAUGAUGAGUCAGUUAAUGAAAAUCAAUUGGAAAACACUAAAGAAGAAGAUGAGGAUCGCCGAAAAAAAUACAUCCCUAAGUGGACUCUAUUAGUUUGCUCGACGCUAUUGUUUUCGUGCGGAACUGUAGCUGAAGUUCAAUACACGUCAUUUGCCGACACCUUCUUUCAAUACCAACCGGUUUUGCAUUUGUCGGCCUCAAAGUCAACACUAAUUACAGCCACUAUAAGCGGCGCCUCUAGUUUUGGACGAGUCAUCGGUAUAUUUGUUUAUUUUUAUAUAAGACCACAACAUGUUAUACUCGUUGAGGUUAUCAUUACAUUAGUCGGACUAGUAUUUCAAAUAUUAGGUCAAAACCAACUGAUUCUAUUGUGGAUCAGUUCUGUGAUUAUCUCAUUAGGAUUUUCCAUUACCUGGAUCUCCACGUAUUCAUUUUUGGCUCAAUAUAUAAAGAUAACCGAUAGACUAAGUGGUUGGAUUGUAGGUCCCUGUGCUAUACCAUCAAUGGUUUUAUCUUAUUUUAUAAGUAGUUUUAUGGAGACCAACCCAUCUAUACUUUUAUAUAUUUGUACUACUGGUGUGACCAUAUCUUUAAUGUCAAUUUCAGUGGCCAAUUAUGCCGUAAGAAAAGUGCCCAGGGAUCUUAUUUUAAAUGUAAAACAACAAUGA